CCUCGAUGUUUUGACUGUUGAAGGACAACCACGGGCUGUCGGCCAUCCGCUCACGCUCUCCGUUCGUUCAUUGUCGACUGCCUCUCAAGUUUAUUCUUUCACUUAAACUUCUUCGUUCGUUCUGGCCUUCGACAAUUGACGAGCAAAAUGCGGUCUCACGGCUGGUCAGUAUCAGCCGGUCGCGCAUUCCUUGUGCUGGCCUCGCUGCCACUGUACGUGUCUGCGCAAGUAGAUAUCUUCAAUACUCCGGUAUCCGUGGCCCAGCCCCCGACAACCACCCAAGAUCCCACCAGCACUACCGUCUUCGUUCCCAUCUUCAACACUCCUGUCGAGCAGCCCACCACUGAGACUUCCAUCGCUGUUGAGGAGACUACGACAACGAGCUUGAUUCCUGAUGUUCCCGAAACUGUCGACCCUGUCAAUACUCCUGGUAGCGAGACGACGACUACUGAGGUGCUGAUUCAGGACACCACGACGACUGAGCUGCCUAUUGACACCACCACCACUGCAUUGCUUGUUGACACCACGACUACUGAAUUGCCUCUCGGUACUCCCACCACUGAGUUGCCGGUUCCUGUUGACACCACCACCACUGAGUUGCCUGUUGACACUACCACCACGGAACUGCCUGUUGCUGCUGAUACCACUACUGAUCUGCCUCUCGGUACUCCCACCACCACAGAUCUGCCUGUUGACGUGACUACCACAACGGAGCAGCUCCCUGAGACUACCACCACCACCCCUGGAUUUCCCGAAGAUACCACUACCACCGCUGUGCAGCCUAUCGAUACUACGACUACCACUGCGCUGCCAAUUGAGCCUCCCACUACAACUACAGAGCUUGCCGCUGAGACUACUACUACGGUCGAACAAGCCGCUGAUACUACAACCACCGCGGGUGAUCCUGCGGCCACCAUCACCGAUGCCCCGGUCCUCACCACUGCUACAGGUGCUGCUGCCACCUCGAGCGUGUCUUCCGUGUCGACUGAGAUCCUGGGUCUGAUCCCCAUCAUCAACUCCUGGAAGGACAACGUCGAUGCCCUCAAAGAUGAGACGAAGAACAAGGUCGACGAAGUAAAGGACCACGUCCUCGCCGUCAUCAAGGACCUGGGCGGCGACUCCACCAAGGGCUGCGACAACAAGAGGAAGCGUGGCCUUCUCGGUUUCAUCGGCGACAUCGUCAACAGUCUGGUCUGUAUCGCUCAGGACCUGACUGAUAUCUCGAGUAAUAUCGUGAUCGGCGAUGUCACUGCUGUUACCAGUGUCAUAAGCGGUGUCCAGUCCACGACGGAGGAGCUCACUGACGAGGAAAACAACGACCAGAGCGACCAGAACAGCGAACAAGAGUCGACGGAGCAGCAGUCUUCUACAGAAGAGCCCACCUCGACCACGACGUCUCCGUGUACAGACGAUACGGCCGAGCACGUAACCAUCGUCUGCAAGCCCACCACCAUCACGGAAGAUGGCAACGUCCGCUCUACAGAGACGUGCUUCGAGUCCAUCACCAUCGAAGUCACCGGCUGCUCCGUCACCGAAGCAACAACGGUCAUCUCAACCACCGGCACAGCGCCGGCCAUCACGCCCUGUGCUCCCGACACUUGCGGCGGCGUUGAUGCGUGCCCCCUGGGCGAGCUUCCCCUGAGCGGUGCUGCUAUGAACUACGUCUCAUCCCAGGCAGACUGCGCAGCCCUUUCCACCAUCACCACCUCAGAGCUUCCCACCGGCUAUGGAACUCUCAACGACAUCUCUGUUGCUGAGCCCACAGCUCGCCCUGAGUCUGACUCUCCCGCUGUGAAACGAGGCUUUUCUGACGCCGAGAAGCGAGAAUUGUCUGCUCGUACCUUUGCUCACAACACCACUCCUAACCCGUUCUACGUCGCGAGCUUGUCGCCUGUCUGGGUCAGCCAGCUGGGAGAUGCGUCUGGACACUGGUUCGACUUCCCUCAGACGGGCCAGGGAUUCGCAGGUGUCAACGGCAUCUACGGCUGCACGGCCGUUAUCAUCGCUUCGGAGAGAGGUGUCUAUCUCUCACAUAUCUGGGAGAACCCUGUCUUUAUCGACAUCGACUGGAAUCCGACCGAUGAUGCGUCCUUCAACGCAAAUGCAUUUGAGGCCCUCCGCGAUGGCACUGCAUAUGCACAGAGCAUCACUGCACUUGUUGGUGACGAUGCUAACCCCGGUGUCUUGAACGCCAUCUACUCUCCCAAGGUCUUCGUCCUCACUCCCUUCACAGGCCCCAAUGACCCCACGGGCGUCACCACCAGGUUCCGAUACCAGGACCGCGCUCAGCAGCUUGCCGAUAACCUCGCCAGCGUCAUCCCCGGCUCUGGCGGCAGCGGCUACCUCCUGGGCUACACCCGCACCAACCAGAAGCUCUCCACCGAGGACAUCGGGACUUGGGGUCGAGCUAUUUUUGAAGUCGACGUUCUGCAGUCCGUCCUGAUGACUCCUUUCGCCCCCGAGGGCAGUCUUGGCCUUCGUAUUGGCCGAUGGAGGCUGUGGGUUGAGGACCAGCUCAUCACGUACCAGGACUUCUGGAUUCCCGACGUUACCCCUGCAGGGAACCAGAAGCGACAGGACUCGGAUGCCGACGCCUGCUUAGUUGUGGGCAACAGUGAUGGUAGUACUACUGAGGCCACUUCUACUGCCACUGGCCUUACCACGACGGACAUUCAGACAACGGAUACUACUGGGACCCCUGUCGAGACAACAACCGCCGAGCCAACUACUGUCGAGCCCACCACUGAGACCACCGAGACUAUCGAGACGACAACGGACUCUACCAAGGUCCCUACAACUUUUGAAACGUCCACCAUCUUCACCACGCCCGCGCCAGACACCACUACAGACCAGGAGACCACCACGACUGAGGCAGCCUUCACUGGUCCAGUCUACUGUGUCAACUUUGGCGGUCCUCGCGUCGCUACCCCUUACUGCCAGUGCUCCACUACCACCGCGGGCCAGACUUUCUUUGCCACGGCUCCUCUCAUUUCCGGUCACUGCACCGACUAUACCAACUUCCCCUCCGCCGUCACCGUUGAGCCCACAGAGGUCGUGACUGCGGCACCCACUACCACUCAAGCCGCGAUCCCUGUGACACCACUAACAAGGCAGGCGAUUGUUUGUCACAACGAAGCCGACUUCCCCGGGCACGCGGACAUUAACGGCGGCUCUCAGGACGACUAUUCAACAGAUUUUAGCGGACUGAGCGGACCCAACGGGGACGACAACCUUUACGACGGAGCGGGAAUUAUUGAGUUGAGCAAGUCGGAUAAACACGGCGUCUCAUACUACUACUCAGUCAACUGGAUAGAUGGAUGUGUAACAACCCAAGACACACAAAACUUCCGGUUUCCCUUGGGCAUGGGUGGUAUUAUCACUGCCUACUUGAUGGUGAGAGAAGACUAUACAAAGUGUACCAACGGCGGUGUUGGCGGAAGUGUACAGGUUGGCUGUUUGUUAUACACAUUCACUGGUGGAAAGUAAAGAUAGGGAAAAAUCACUUAUACUUUCGAGAAGCGAAAUUUAGAGCUGCAUUUUAUAGAAUUAACAACUUUAUCUACACUGAGUUUACACUUUCAUGAAUCUAGGAUAUUAAAUGCUUCA